CCCAACCUUUGCUCUAGAAUCGAUCGUUUCAUACCUUUCAUCAGCGGAAUCCACCAUACUUUGAGCGAGCGCCUCGGCAACUUGCAACUUAGACAUCAGAUCGUCUCGCCAAUUCGACAUGUCAACAAGAUCGCCCAGCGGGAUCGUCCCACAAGGCGUACCAGUCUCAUCUCCCAAGCCGGCGAUACUACUCCCACAACUGAGCUUGGGAGAGACUUUCCUCUGUGGUGGUCUAGCAGGAUGUGCAGCAGUAACAGUCUCUAACGUCCCCGAGGUGAUGAAGACUCGACUGCAAUUGCAAGGAGAGCUCAUGAAGACCUCGGAUGCACCGAAAGUCUACGCCAAUGUGUUUGAUGUGUUCAAAAAGACGUGGAGGAAUGAAGGAAUAAGAGGUCUACAGAGAGGUCUCGUUCCAGCCUAUGCCUACCAAGUCUUACUCAACGGAUCUCGUCUGGGUUUCUAUGAGCCCAUUCGACAAAAGCUGAACGUUUUCGCCGGCAACGACCCAAAGGAAGCCGUCUUUUGGAGUGCGGUGUCGGCCGGUUCUAUCAGCGGAAUGAUUGGAGCUACUCUCGGAAACCCUCUCUUUCUGAUCAAGGCAAGGAUGCAAGCGUACUCUCCCGCCUUGCCGAUCGGCACUCAACACGCCUACCGGAAUUCGAUCCAUGCCUUGAGCAGUGUCGUGAAGAAUGAAGGAUGGAUGGGCCUUAGCCGGGGUGUAGGAAGUGCAAUGUUGAGAACAGCCAUGGGAUCAAGCGUGCAACUCCCUUCCUACAACUAUGCCAAAUCGAAAUUGGUGUCGAAUGGCCUCAUGAGUGAUAGCAGCUACUGGACGUACCUCGUUAGCAGCUCGUUCUCUGGUAUCUGUGUGUGUUUGAUGAUGCAGCCUGCCGAUACCGCUCUCACGCGGGUCUACAACCGUAAGUAUCGGUCUGGGCGUGAUUGUGUCAGGCACCUGAUCGGCUUCUCGUCAUGCCCAGAGCCAACAUAUACCGAUGCCAACGGUCGGAUUCGUGGAGCUCUUUACUCGAACCCUUUCGACUGUCUAUGGAAGACGCUAAAGACUGAAGGAUUUCUUGGAUGGUACAAGGGUACCACAGCGCAUUUCUUGAGGAUCGCACCGCACACUGUCAUCACAUUGGUUGCCAACGAGUUGAUUUUGGAACAAUACAAGUUGUACAAAAGUCGUUAAUGGUCUUGUCGAAUAAUGCCAUAUCGCAUAGAGUUUCGCAAAAGACCAGGCAAGAGAUGGCAAUCAGGGCGAACUGGAUGUGAGAGAUACCUACCUUGACAAUAUCGCGAUAGUAGCGAUAAAUAGCUACAGCUUGAAAUGGAGACUCAGUCCAGCCGCGAUCUGAUGUCGAUAUCUCAUUCAA